AUGAAGCGCAAAGCCUAUGAAAUCACAGAAGAAGAUGUAUCGUACCAAGCUGAGAAGGAGAGAAAGGUGAAUAAACCCAAAGUCACAAAUGAGGAAAAGCGACUUCGCAGGUUCAGACCCAAGCCACCUCAGUCUUUCCAUGAGAUCUACGACCGGGCUCUUUCUCAGCGCUUUUACGUGCUUAAUCGCGUCAGAGGAGGAACUCAAGAUUGCCCCGAGGAGGAUGUUGAGAUGACAGGAUCGACUGGAAACAUCUACACUGUUCAUGUUGGAAAACAGCCGCGAUGUACUUGCCCUCAUCAUGAGAAGGGUCAUCAGUGCAAGCAUAUCCUCUACGUCAUGAAACAAGUUCUGAACGCGCCUUUUGAUCUUGUCUACCAGCUCGCGCUUCUGAGUACUGAACUUCAAACCAUCUUUGCCUCAGCGCCUCCCAUUUCCGCACCCGGACAAGCAGAGUCCGACAAGCGCAAGCCCAUCGAUGGCGAUUGUCCCAUCUGCUACUGUGAGCUUGAUGAGAAGAACCAAGAGUCUAUCGUUUGGUGCGCUGCCGCCUGUGGUCAGAACAUUCACGAGGAGUGUUUCAGAAUGUGGGCGCAGACAAAGGCUGGCGGGAAAGUGACUUGCCCCAUGUGUCGCAGUGCCUGGAAGGGUGAUGAGAAGCUUGUUGCGCGCGUCCAGAAGGAUAAAGGCGCUGUGGAGGAGGGGUAUGUCAAUAUUGCGGACCAGCUUGGCAUGAGUCGAGCUAUUCACGAUGGUAUGGAAUCCAUCAGAGACGUCGAGACCCAAACUGGGAGGGUAACAGUUCUUGGCAUGGAGGGUGGUGAAGACCGUAGUUGUGCGGUACAGACGCGAAACGAGUAG